AUGGUUGUCAAAAAGAUGAAGCAGUUUCAAGUUUUGCAUUUAGUCGUCUUGGUUCUGUUAACAACAUCAUUCACAGAAGCUCUUAGUUAUGCCAAGAAAGGAUGCAAAGAUACGUGUGGGGAGGUUYCGAUUCCAUACCCUUUUGGAAUCKGAGCAGAUUGUUCBAUCAACGAAUGGUAUAAUGUUGAUUGUACCCACUCGACACCUUAUCUGUCUGCAUUCAACAACAUGGAGGUGUUGUGGGUGAACUUAGAAAUACAAAUGGUUGUUAUUAAUGUCCCAAUGAUCGCUGAUCGACGUAAUCCAGUCCUGAAUAGCAGUAAUAUCCUUAAUACCAACCAUGGUGACAGUCCCUUCCUAUUAUGCAAAGUGCAUAACAAAUUAGUCGUUGAGGGUUGUGGCAAUGCUGUCAUCACGCACGAUGGAACUAUUCUCAACGGAUGUUCAUCGACUUGUCGCAACGACACUGUUGGCGACAUAAAUAAGUGCUUCGGCACCGGUUGCUGCCAAACCACAAUCCCUCAUUAUCUCGAGUCCUUCACCUUGAAUCUCACAUGCUUAGAAAGCCAGGGUGGAUAUGAAGUUUGUAGGUCUGCCUUGUUGAUGGAUGAUAAUUUAGUAAUUGGAAAAAACUUCUCUCUCCGAUCUAUUCCCGGGAAUGGCGCUUCCGUUCCAAUAGGGUUUUUGUGGACCCUAACAGACCGCGACUACGAUGACCUAAAAGGUUGUUCGGUGUUCGACACGAGUCUAAGUUUGGAUGUGAGUAAAGAGACUAGGGUGAAGUCUCGUAAGUGUGACUGUGGUGUAGGAAGAUACGGAAACCCUUAUUUGGAGGGUGGUUGCGAAGUACCUGAAAAUUGUAAAGGGUGCGAGGUUAGCGGAGGUCGUUGCAUCUAUCAGAUCACGUACAUGGAUCGAAUCGAAUAUACGGCCUUCAAUUGUUUAACYGGAACAAUUAGUGGAAGCAACAAAGUAUCAGUUGGUGUUAUUCUAGGUGUUAGCAUAAGUAUGGGAUUGCUUUUCAUGACGUUCACCAGCUAUGUGUUAUACAAAGUCAUCAAGAAAACAAAGGCCAAGAGACGAAAAGAGAGGUUAUACAAACGCAAUGGUGGUUUACUUCUUGAGCAACAGGAGGCAACUUAUACUGGUUUGGUUGAUCAUAGAACCAUACUUUUCACCUCCAAGGACUUGGAGAAGGCCACCAACCAUUUUCACGAUAACCGAAUUCUUGGUCGAGGAGGUCAAGGCACUGUGUAUAAAGGGACGAAGCCCCUAAACGACAAGGUCCGGGGCCGCGCCCCUUGUAGCGGGGUCCAAGGGGCCCCUGGCCGGUUAAUGUUACUAUAUGGAAAAUGCACGAAAAUCCGAAUUUAUGAUUUUGAACCCGAUUUUUGGCCCUAUUUUUAA